AUGGCGAGCAAACGACAGCAUACUACACUUUCUGUGACAAAUACUCAUAGAGAUUUAUUACAAAAACGUUUUAAACAUCAACCAACGAUAUUUGAACGAUUACCUAAUGAGAUUCAUAUUGAAAUAUUUAGUUAUCUACUUCAUGUAGAUAUUGUAUAUGCAUUUUCACAACUCAAUAAUCGUUUUCAAAAUUUAAUUCUUAACCAUUGUCAUACAUUUGAUUUUAAAUCAAUAAAUUCAACAAAAUUCAAAUGUAUUAUUCGACAACAUCAACCAGAACGAUGGCGAUAUUUACGUCUUUCAAAUGAAACUGAAACACCUGGACAAAUAAUAUACUUUUUUCGACAAUCCCCAUUUAAGACAUGUUUACCUCAAUUAAAAAAUUUAUCUCUUACGAAUAUGAAACCCAUUGAUGCGCAAGAAUUAAUACCACAACUUAAAACAUUUACAUAUUUAGUAUCAUUAACAAUUGGAAAUAUAUGUGGUAAAACUAUAUCAUCAUUAGAAUUACCAUCACUUAAAUAUCUUGUUCUUACUUCAUGUAAAAUAACGAAAUGGAUGAAGAAUUUCAAUCAACUCGAAAAACUUGAACAUACGAUUGAAUAUGAUUGUAUACAUGAUCAUAAUUUAAUAUGGCCAAUAUCAUUGAAACAAUUAAAAGUCUCCUAUACACAACAAGGUGAUGGCGAAAUUGUCUAUGCUUCACUUUGUCAUUUAUCACAAUUAGAAAGUCUUACGUUGGAUGAUAAUAUAUGUUCUAGUCUACCACCAGAUGGUCAAAAAUGGGAAAAACUUAUUACGUCAUCAUUAACAUGUUUAAAUGAAUUUCAAUUUUGUUUUAAAUUUUGGAAAGAUUCUAGUUUUAUUGGAGACAUGAAUCGAAUUGUAUCAACAUUUUCAACACCAUUUUAUUUGAAAGAAAAACGAUGGUUUAUUCAAUGUGAUUCUCAUCAUCAACAAUUUAGUGUUGCUCUUCUUUAUUCAUUACCAUUUGCUUUUGAACGUUUUGAAAUUGUUACACAUUCAUUUGAUCAAAGUAUUUCAACGGUAAAUGAUGAUUAUAAAAAGAAUAUAAAUCUAUACGCUAAUGUCAAUACAUUAAUAGUCAAUGUAAAUUGUGAAAAUCUUAAUGAAAAUUUAUUAAAUGGAAAUAUUCAACAUUUAGUUUUAAAAUAUUCUGAUUCACUUAAUAAAUGGAUAUUUUCAAUGACUCAAAUACGUCAAUUAUCAUUAGGUAGUCAAAUAGAUAUGUCAUCGAAAGAAUUUGCUUGUUUACUAAAAAAUACACCGUAUCUACAAUCAUUGAACGCAUCGUAUCAUACACUAAAUUAUUUAACAACUGAUUGGCAGAAUAAAGUAAUUUGUCGUCUAUUAUCGUGCAAGAUUCUAUCAUUAAAUUUAUGUUUCGAUGAAUAUUUAUCACCUCAUACUCAAAAUUAUGUUAAUGUCUAUGAAGUUCUUUCUAUUGUUCGUGUUUUUGGUAAACGAUGUCAACAUCUAACAGUAUCUGUAUAUAACCGAAAUGUUGUCGCUGGUUUGAUACUUCGAACUAUGAAACAUUUACAUAGUUUAAAAGUUUAUUUGAAAGAACAUGAUGAUUUAAAAAUUAACAAAGAAUGGUUAAAAACACAAAAUAUAACAUUCGAUUGUUUUAUAAAUGUAAACAAUAAUGAAUAUACUUUUUGGUUUAAUAAUCGACAUUAA